AUGCGCUCGUCUGCUUCCUAUCGAAACAGCUAUGAAGGUGGCAAGCCCUUCCGAUCUGCACCGACAAGGCCCUCGAUGGCAAAGUUGCCAAUAUUUAUACGAGUCUCGCCUUCUCUCGAUGCUCCAGAUCAUAAGGGGGUGAAGUUAGGAGACAGGUCUCACCAGGGGACCGCCACUGCUAGAAAGAGCUCUCCUACUUCCAAUACAGAUGGAUUGCCGCCUACUAGCCCGGCUUCCGCGUCGCCAUGCUCCUCGAAAACGUCUUCUUGUAUAAAGCGUGUUCGCUUCGUCAAGUCCUUGACGGCGGACACUGUUGCCAGCACUCAGGGGGUACGGCGGUGUAGCGACGAGGGCCUGCCAAUAGCGGCUCGAGAGGAUACAUCCCCUUUUCUGGUGUCUGCACGCCCCAAUAGUGGAUCGUUUAACGGCUUUGCCACAGUCGUUGAUGAGCACUCUGGUCAAUUGGAGGUGUACCAACGAGUUGCCUCUAAAGCUGUACACACAGUGGCGACAGGUAAAUCUGAUGCCUGUGUUUUGGUUUAUGGGCAGACCGGCGCUGGGAAAACGCGGACAGUUUUCGGUGGUCCCGGGUUUUGGCGAGGUCGACUGAAUGGCCCGACCCCUGAGGACGCGGCCUCAGCUGGAAUACUCCCCAGAUCGGUGGGGAUCAUAUUUAAGCUUCUCGCUGAAGGCAGCCAUAGAAGCACAGAAAUCUUCCUAGUCGGCAAACGACUACAGAAACGAAGUGUUGUUGAAGAAGAGGAACAUAGCAACAGCUCAAUCGACGUGGCCAAGGAUGAGUCGAUUGAGGAAUAUGUGUCGUCGAAGCUGCUAACAACAGCUGAGGAAGACAAGCCACAUAAUGUGGCCAAUUUACAAGCAUAUGUAAAGCUGUUGAAGCAGUUGUGUUCGGGCACGCAACGAGAGUAUCAGAGGGCAUUGAGGGCCGACGUCGACGUGCUAAGGGAAGGGAUAAUCAUUGAGGAACCGGAAAUGGAUUCAGAAGCUCCACAAACCGACUCGGUGUUUUCUAUACGGAAUACAGCCGAUCGAAUUUUGCGUCGUUUGGAGGAACGACCGGCCGUGGGAGCGAUGACAAUAUCAUUCACUGGGAGAAUGGGUCGGUUACUCAAAGACAGGACUCACUACACCCAAGCUGGUGUAAAUGCCUUGUCUACGGUGAUAUCUGAAGCUAAUAUACCUAUUGGACUCACCAUGGACAUGAGCAUCCCUUCACCGUAUGUGCGUAAGACCAUCAACAACUAA